CCCUUUUAGAAAAAUGAGGUGUGGUCUUCUAACUCAGAAAAAGGAACCAGUGCCACUGAAAAGCAUUGCAGUGGAGAUCUCCAUUAGUGGCUUCAUCGCAGAUGUCUCCUCCACCCUCAGCUAUGAGAACACCGAGUCUAAUCCUGUGGAAGCUGUGUUUGUCUUCCCCAUGGAAGAUGGAUCGUCUGUAUAUGACUUCCAUGCAGAAAUUGGUGGAAAGCGUAUUGAGGCCGUAAUUAAGGAGAAACAAGAGGCAAGAGAUGACUAUGAUGAUGCCAUAAGCAGUGGACAAGAAGCAUUUCUCCUGGAAGAGAGUGAUGAGAGUCCAGAUGUGUUCAGCCUCAGUGUUGGCAGCCUACCUGCAGGUCAGACAGCUUCAGUUUCCCUGUCCUAUGUGACAGAGCUGCCUGUCCAGGCUGAUGACGCUCUUCGAUUCUGCCUGCCUACUGUGCUGUGUCCACGCUACACUCCACAAGGUAUGAAGGAUAGGCAGAAAGUCAACCAGGAUAUGCACCUCAAGAGUGGGGAAACUUUUGAUGUCAACAAGUUGUAUUGUCUGGAGUUAAAUGGAAGACUUGGAGGAAUUCCUAAAGCUGGAGGAUGUACCCUCUUUAAAAGAGGUAGUGGCUGA